AUGCCAGUCGAAGAAUUAGAAGACAGAGUCAUCCUAACCGACGCCAACGACUCCUCCACCAAAUUGACAAUUUUAAAAUUCGGAGCAACAAUCAUAUCAUGGCACCACAAGGGCCAGGAGAAAUUAUGGCUCUCCCAAGCCGCCAAACUCGACGGCUCUAAAGCAGUACGUGGUGGUAUUCCCCUAGUCUUUCCCAUUUUUGGUAAACAAAAAGAUGCAUCGCAUCCAACUGCCAAAUUACCCCAACAUGGAUUCGCUAGAAACAAUUAUUGGGAAUUUUUAGGUCAGACUAAAGAAACCCCCUCCACGGUUCAAUUUGGAUUAGGGCCAGAACAAUUGGAUCCUGACACGAGAUCCAAAUGGCCAUUUGAUUUCACUUUGAUCCUCACCAUAUCCAUCUCGCAGGACAAGUUGCAUCAACAUAUUGAAGUUGAAAAUACCGGAUCGACUCCCUUUGAAUUCAAUUGGUUGUUCCAUACGUACUAUCGCGUCGAUGACAUAACUGACGUUUUAGUUAACAACUUGGUUGACAUUACUUGUUUUGACCAAUUGAUUGCCGAACAAUACACGGAAAAAUCACCAGUGCUUUCCUUCCAUGAGGAAUUUGACCGUAUUUACAAAAAUAUUAACCAAAAUCGUACGAUUCAAAUCAUUGACAAGGGCAAAGUGUUGUAUAAUUUACAUCGUACCAAUUUGCAGGAUUCAGUCGUGUGGAAUCCGUGGACUGCAAAAGCGGCAGGAAUGGCCGAUUUCGAACCCAAGGAUGGUUUCCACAAUAUGGUGUGUGUUGAACCGGGUCAUGUGAGCUCAAUGGUGGUGUUGCCAGCUAAGCAGAAAUGGAGUGGUGCGCAAGAGAUUGAAAUUGGAGGUGAGAUUAAAGUACAAGCAAAUAUUUUUGAAUGA